CUUUCAACAAACCCUCCUCCAGGUCAGAUCCAGCUGGAUGAACACCUGUCAGUCAGAACACAGGCCAGUGAAGGCUUGUUGUAGUAACUUGUCCCCUGUGUGUCUACAGGUUCAGGUGUCCUGGUCCAGGUGAGUUCCAGUGUGCUUCGACUGGCCUGGUGUUCAUCAUGGCUCAGGAGGCGGAGCUUCUGUACAGGACAGUCCCUUGGGGGGAGAGCCUCCUCCAAUCACCUGACAAGCAGGCAGCAGGGCCGCUGUUCGACGUGAAGAGUUCUGUUGAAGCUGCCGUCGUCCAGCUCCACCUGCCACACAGUGAGAGAGAGGAAGCGCUGCUCCUGGACGGCCUGUUGUCUGUCGUCCACAUCACUGAUGAAGGCCUGAGCAUCUUGGAGCCGCUGGAGGUCACACGCACUCACGUGGUGGUGAAGGUGCCUCACCUCUCUUCCUUUGGCCUUAUCAUCAAUCCAUUGAAAAGGCUUCUAGGGUGGCCGAUAAAUGGUCAAAUUCUGGUGUUCCUACGACCCCCGGACAGAGAGGAGCAAAUACUGGAUGUACAUCUGCUGCAGAACAACGUCCUUGAGGAGGAGGUUGCUGUCAAACAAGGAGGUGCUGUGAACAUCAAGGUCUCCUCCCGCUGUGAGCUGGAACUGUAUAAAGGUUACAGUUUGCACUGUGAACCUGAGGGCUUCCUCAUUCACCCUGAGAGUAAAACUUUUGAAUCAUGGUUUGGACCAGACUACCAUCCGACAUUUCUAGUUUCCCUGAAGACGAGCACAGAGAGAGUGUUUUUGAAGGUCAAGGACCAAGAUGGAAACGUAGUCUGGAAUUGUCCCGUGUCACUGGAAGAACGGCCGGUGGUCAAGGGCAGUUGA